GUGUGGCUAAAUCCACCAUAACGGCCCCUCCCACUUCAGGGAUGAUCUAACAGCAACAAACACUCGACCAAUCAGGAACGUGUGGUCUACCCACUAUUCCUCUCCCUCGGUUGAACCACGACUACUAGACGGAAGGAAGGGGUGUAGUGACGGCCACGUUCCCAAACCCUCUGUCGAUUCACUUGACGCGAGAGCGAGAGAGGCGUUUGCAUUAUACAGCGACCUUGCGAUAAGUGAGUCGGGCAGUGGAUUUCUCUCAUCGACUCCUCAUCCAACAGAGCUGCAUGAGUCCCCCUGCGGCCGGCGCUGGGUGCUACGAGGGGGAGUUCCCGAGACGGCCGAUGGACGUCGGGGAACUCCGCUGGGAGGAUUUCCGACGAAUUUGAAGGGGAGCACUAGCACUCCCUUCCUUUCGCCGUGGCUCGAGUGUGGGGGGCCGAAGUUUCAGGUACCUGUCGCCCCCGGCCUCAAACGCCAUCACCAUGUUGCCAUAUUUGCAUUGCCGGGCCGCCAGCAGCCGCCAGUCUCGCGUCGUCUGCCUAGUGUUGUGCGUCGCACACGCCGGCCCGCCAGUCAGUGUCAGUUUGUGUCCGCGACGCGACCAACACGCCGUCUGCACGGACGAUGCGUGAUUGUGACAAGAUUCUGAUUACGGCUCGAUAAAAAUCAUAAUUUAGCUGCAUUCCUCGUCGCUGUCUGGAGCACUCGAAAGGGCCACCUCCCCCCUCUCGAUCAGCGAGCAGUGUUCGACGCUCACCACCAUGGCGGAGGCCUUCCUGCUCGCCCAGGACCCCGAUCCCUACGACGAGGACGACCUCGCGCCCCGCGUUCGCGCCAGGUCCAACACCUGGCCGCGGCUGCCCCCGCGCCCCGAGCCGGAGCCCACCCCCGCGGCCGCCCCGCCACCGGACCAUGAGGUGGUCGCGCGGCCUCGGGCCAUGGACGUCAUCGCGGAGGUGCCCCAAGACGACGACCUGCCGCCCGUACCAUUCUCGAGGACAUCGUCCUUCUCGUCGUCCUCCAGGCCCCGCAACGCCUGGGGCAACGCGUCCUACGCCGACCUGAUCUCGCAGGCCAUCAUGUCCUCUCCGGAGCGGCGCCUCACCCUGGCGCAGAUCUACCGCUGGAUGGAGGAGAACGUGCCGUACUUCAAGGCCUCGUCCAGCAACGCGCCCGCGUCGGCCGCGUCCAGCUCGGUGGGCUGGAAGAACUCUGUGCGACACAACUUGUCCCUGCUGGACCGCUUCGUGCGCGUGCAGAACGAGGACAAGGGCCAGUCGUCGUGGUGGACGGUGGACCCGGACGCCAAGCCCGGCCGCGGCAGCCGGACGCGCCGCCGCGCCGCCUCCAUGGAGACCUCCAAGAUGACGGCGGAGCGCCGCGGCCGCCUGCUCAAGAAGGCGGAGGCCCUCCGCGCGGCCAAGCAGCAGGCCGCAGCUCAGGCCGACGCCCCCCAGGUAGACGCAACGCCCCCGGGGUCGGGCUGCCCCGCGGACCAGCUCGCCAGCAGGCUCGACAGGCACAUGGCUCUGGGCGGCCCGCAGACGUACCUGCACCAGCAGGCUGAUGUCCUGGGCACCAGCCCCCACCAGGGCUUCCACCACCUUUACUACGAGAACCUGCCGACCCUGCCACACGAGGACGCCAUCCCCAAGGCCAACUUGUACUACCCGUCGUCGGGCUCGCGGCCCUCUUCAUGCUCCUCGUCGCGGCCGUCGUCGCGGCCGUCGUCGCGACCGUCUUCGCGGCCAUCGUCGCGGCCGCCCUCGCCCCCGCAGUUCCAGCACCUGCCCACCAUCCUGCACCCGGCCAGCAGCCUGGACUCCUAUGGCUCGCCGCCGCCGUACGAGCUGCCCACGGUGCUGCCGCCCCCCGUUGACCCUCUGCUGCUCCCCUCCCCCACCGUCUAUCAGGUCUCGCGAGAGCCGUCACCCGUACUUUACCAGGCUCUCUCCACCAGCUCCUCGCCCCUCUACAUGACGCAGCCAUCCCCUCCGCUCUACAACGUGACCUCCAGCCAAUCGUCUCCUCUUUACGCGUUGACCUCCGACCCCUCGUCGCCCCUCUACCAGGUGGUGUCCAACCCGUCAUCACCCCUAUACCAAGCCACCCCCUCCCCUCCCCUUUACCAGAGGACCCCCUCCCAGCCCGCAUGCCAGCACGGGGGGCGCGGGGGGCCUGCUGCUUACUGCUGCGACGACAGCCUGAGCAGCCUGCCCCUCCUGUCGGCGGACAGCGCGCUCAACUGCGACGUGGAUGCGGUGGUGCGCCAGGAGCUCAUCCUGGAGGGCAACCUGGACUUCAACUUCAGUCAGCCGCAGGCAACCUCCCGUUACGCCAACACGCAGAACUGGAAUAUUUCAGGUAUCAAACAAGAAAUUUAGAGCGUUUCACCAUUAGGGUAUUAUUAACAAUACCAUUUAAAUUAAGUUUAUUAAAAAUAAGGUAUUUAUAUAAAAAGGCAACAAUUCUAACAAAAUGUUUGGAAAUACCUUUAAUAACUUGUCUCAUAUUUUGCUUUGCACGAAAUCUUUUAGUGAUUUCAUCAGUACUUGACCUCGUAAUUUUUGUGUUAAUUUUCUGACUUAAAUACUAAACGUGUUUAUUUUGCUCAUCUCAGUUUCUGGGAGAAUAAGUUGACUAAUACAAUUAGUGCACUCGAAACCA